AUGGCCAAGGGUAUUUUAAUUCAUGGACCAAAUGGUUGUGGAAAAAGUUCUUUAAUGGAAUUAAUAUCUGAAUACUUUUCAAUAAGCACGAUAAAAAUUGAUUGCUCGAAAAUUUUUAGUGCAAUUUCUGGAGAAACUGAAAAAGAAUUACAUGGCAGUUUUGAAAGAGCGAAAAAAAAGGCUCCAUCUAUAAUUCUAAUUGAUGACUUGCAUUUAUUAUGUUCUACCACAAAUUCAUCUUCAUAUCAUGAAAAAAGAAUAAUUGCUACUCUAGCCUUUCUCAUAGAUCAAUUAAGCAAUUUAAAUUUACCCAUUGUAGUAUUAGCAGCAACAUCUAAAAUUCACCAAAUUGAUAAAUUACUCAGAUCCUCUAGUAGGUUUGGUAAAGAAGUGGAAAUUACAGUUCCCACCAAUUCUCAACGUUUUGAAAUAUUGAAUAUUUUAUUGUUAAAUGUAAAUCAUAACUUAGUUGAAAGUGAUGUUAAAACCGUUGCUGACUCAACUCAUGGUUUCGUCGGAGCUGACUUAUUAUCUCUUGUGUCUCAAGCAAUGCUGAGGAAUUACAAAACUGAAAAUAAAACAGGAACAGUUUCUGCAAAUGAUUUUGAAUGGGCAUUAAAUAAAGUAAAACCUAGUGCGAUGAAAGAAAUAAUGGUUGAUAUUCCAAAUGUUAGGUGGGAAGAUAUAGGCGGUUUAGAAGAUUUGAAAUUAAAAUUAAGACAAUGUGUAGAAUGGCCUUUAAAACACAAAGAAUCCUUUAACAAGCUUGGAAUUACAGCACCUAAAGGUUUACUUAUGUUUGGACCGCCUGGUUGCUCUAAAACAAUGAUUGCCAAAGCUUUAGCUACUGAGAGUAAAUUGAAUUUUAUAUCUGUAAAGGGACCUGAACUAUUUAAUAAAUGGGUCGGUGAAUCAGAGAGGGCUGUGAGAAAUAUAUUUAGAAAAGCCAGGCAAAAUGCACCUUCGAUAAUAUUUAUUGACGAGUUAGAUGCUAUCGGAGGAGAAAGAAAUUUGUCAUCGGGAUCUAAUGUACAGGAAAGAGUUCUUGCUCAAAUACUCAUCGAGAUGGAUGGCGUAGUACCGUUAGAUAAUGUAACGGUUAUAGCUGCAACUAAUCGUUUGGAUAGAAUUGAUUCUGCUUUACUAAGACCUGGUAGAUUAGACCAAUCAACACAAGGUUAUUCAGGAGCGGAAAUAGUUGCAGUCUGUCGGGAAGCGGCUUUGAAGGCUUUGGAAGAGAAUUUCAACGCAGAUAAGGUUUCGAAAAAUCAUUUUUUAAAAGCAUUAGAAAUUAUAUUGCCAAGAACUCCUAAAAAUCUUUUACUCAUUUAUUUUCUGUAG